CGACCGGCGAACCACCGACGAACAGGAUCGCGACGAGGAGGGGCGCGGAGGGGCAGGCGACGGUCCCGCGGCGGGGGAAUUUGGAUGGGUUUGCUUCCUCCGCCGGAGGAGAUCAUGUGCUCGAAGGCAGCGAGAUGCCGAUGCUGACGUGCAAUGCGGGGAAGAGGAGAGGAAUGGGGAGGAGAUUUUCGGGAGGGGAGGGGGUUAGGCUUUGGAGGAUCUUGCACGGCUAAGAUGCCCGAGAGGAUCGCGACCUCCCUCUCUCUCUCUCUCUGCCCUCCCUCUUUCCGACCGGCAAACCACCGGGACUGGCGAACCACCGUGUGCUCGUGACCCAGGAGCAGAAACGCCAAUCACCGUAAGUCACUUGAGACGCUCGUCUUUCGCUCAGAGAUAUCUGGCUUUGAUAGCUCUAGAUUGAGGCGUGAAGGUGAUCUCAUAAUUGUGCUGCUUUUGAGGCUCGGACAUGACUUGAUGUGCUUUAAGAACAGUUCAACGCUAUCAUCUUCAGUCCUUGCUCUCUCUCGUUGUUCAUUUCCCUCUUGAAAGUUCUCGCCGAGGCUUGUUUAGGGUCUUCUCUCUCCGACCUUGCACCUCCCUUCGCAUCUCAGCUUGCGGAAGUUGAAGAAAAAAAGCUUUGCGGUGAUAUUUUCAAGGUGGGCCCUCCAACAAAAAUGGGGACAAGCACUCAACGUCAUUGCUUCAAACCUUGGGGCCAUCACCUAAUCUUCUGCAGUCAAGCCACGUUGGUCACCCAAACUGAAGGCCGUGUCCUCCCCCUCUCUCUCUCUCUCAGGAGCACGAACUUCUUUCAGCAUUUCCCUCUCAGAUCGCUAUGGACAAAGGGCAAAGUCAGACAAAGAGAAAGACAGCACAGAAAGAGAGCACCGAGGAAGCAUCCAGUUCUUCGUUCAUCUCUCCAAAACUCACAGGACAAGGUGACGAUGCAUACGACGUAUUCUUGAGCUUUAGAGGCUCAGAUACUCGUAAGGAAUUCACCGACCACCUCUACAAUAGACUGGUCAAUACUGGGAUUUUUGUGUUCAAGGACGAUAAGAGCAUCCCAAUUGGUGAGGAUUUUAGUUCACAAAUUCUUGGUGCCAUCUCACGAUCUAAGAUUUCGAUCCCCAUCAUCUCCAAAAAUUAUGCUACUAGCAAAUGGUGCCUUCGUGAGCUCAUCCAUAUGAUGGACUGCAAGAAUAGUGGGUCACACAUAGUGUUGCCAAUUUUUUACAAAGUUAAACCAUCAGAUGUGCGGCAUCUAAAAGGAAAUUUUGGGGAUGCCUUCCAUUCGAGUCAGAAGGAUUUUGAUGAGAAGGAUGUCCAGGAAGGGCGGCGAGCACUUACAAAAGUGAGUGGCUUACAAGGGUGGGUGUCCGAGAAAAUUAAUAACGGGAAUGAAGGAGAAUUAGUGGAAGAAGUGGUCAAAAAGGUUAUGAGCAUAUUGCAACAAGACUUUCAGCUUGAUGUUACUAAGCACUUAGUUGGAAUUGGGGAUCAUGUGAGCAAAAUCAGGAAUUGGGUAGACACUCCUGCCAAUACUGCUCGAAUGAUUGGAAUCUACGGCAUGGGUGGGAUUGGAAAAACAACUCUGGCCAAAUCAAUCUACAACCAAUUGUUGGAUGAAUUUGUAGAUCAUAGCUUCCUUGCUAAUAUUCGAGAAACGGCUCAAUGCAACGGUAUUCCUUAUCUGCAAAAUCAACUAAUUGAGGAAACUUCAAAUCGAAUGUCAAAUUCGGAAUGUUGAUCAUGGAAUUAGUUUGAUCAAAUCUAAAUUUAAAGGAGAAAAGGUUCUAAUUGUUCUGGAUGAUAUAGAUCACAAAAAUCAACUAGAUGCUUUGGCUCGAGAGCAGAAUUGGUUUAUGACAGGAAGUAUUAUCAUUGUCACAACUAGAAACAAAGCUGUUCUUGAUCAAUCUGAAUUUGAGGUAGACUAUCCAUAUGAAUUGAAUGGAUUGGAUGAAGUGUAUUCUUUGCUUUUAUUUAAGAGACAUGCAUUUCGUAUGGACCAUUCUCCAACAGAUUUUGAGGAUAUCUCUCGUGAAAUCAUAUCCACCAUGGGUGGGCUACCCUUGGCUCUUAAGGUCGUUGGUGCAUACUUGUUUAAAGAAACAGAUCGAAAUGUAUGGGAAGAAGUUCUGAAGCAAUUAAAAGAACGACCAAAUAAAGAUGUCCAACAUAUAUUGAAGAUAAGUUAUGAUGCAUUAGACGAUGGACAUAAGAAGAUUUUUGUUGAUAUUGCUUGCUUUUUCAUCGGCAAAGAGGGCAAAGACAAGGAAUAUGCCAUAUUCAUGUGGAAGGACGGUGACUUUUAUCCAUAUCAAGGAAUUAAAGAGUUGACGUCGAGGUGCUUGGUGAAAAUUGGAGAUCGGGGAGAGUUUAUGAUGCAUGAUCAACUGAGAGACCUUGGAAGGAGCAUUUUUUGCCUAGGACAGCCGCCUGAGAGAUGUCUGAAAGUAUUGGUCGAUCAAGAAACCUCCCAAAAGAAAUUGGGAAAAAUGGUGACAACCUCCGAAAGGGAACUGGAAUUAAAGGAACAGGAGUACUACCCAUUGCCAGGGCAUCGAUACAUAGUAGGUCCAGAACUAUAGAAGGAGGAGAAGAGGCCCAAUUAGAGUGCAAAAAACCUCGGCCACAGGCCUUAGCGGCCCAGUCAGCCAGGGAAUUCGCUUCCCGUCUACAAUAGGACAGACGCAAAAGUGGAAAACGGGAUAGCAAGGUUUCAACGUCAACAAUUAGGGUUCGGCAGUCCCAUGGAGGAGAGCAUCGAUUAUUCAGCAUAUCGACCAUAGCCAAGCAGUCGG